GAACCGUUGCUCUAUCAUCCCGACAGUUGAACUCCGUGUUUUCGGCCUUUUCUUCAAACGCCCAGCGUCUAGUUAAUGAAUGGUAUGUUUGCAUGCUGAGAGCUUGUGUCCCUUUUUUAGUGUUCUGUGUUAGUUACGUAAAGGAGGAAAAUAGGCCGAAAAUUUGGAAUUCUUGUUCAUGACCAGUUAGCGUUCAUUUGUGACAAAUAUCACUAAAGUGAAAAUUUAUAGUGAAUUCAGUAAAAAGCGGUCAUUUUAUUGCUUUCGUUUCUUUUCUGUGUGUGAAUGAUCUACCAAAUCUGUCACAUACCCUUCGAGAGACGCUGUGGGCGGUGACGGAGAAACGUUCUUGCGUUUUAUUCAGGAAGAGGUCAGUUUGAAUUAUUCUCAACGUGCUGGAAUAAGUUGUCAGAGUAUCUGUUGAACUUGUCAAGAUAACCGUUCAUCAUGACGACGACCAGAGAAGUAUUCGAAAUCUGGGAUUACCUCGUUGUGGGUGCUAUGCUACUCGUUUCUGGAGGCAUCGGUGUGUUCUUUCGAUUUUCAGGUGGAAAACAAAAAACUACCAAUGAGUAUCUCAUGGCAGGCAGGAACAUGGGCAUGUUUCCCGUAAUCCUUUCUUUGAUGGCUACUGUACAAACUGCAGUGGGUACGUUAGGAUUCCCUGGUGAAGUGUACUUAUAUGGAGCACAGCUAUAUUUGUAUCCGCUGGGGUUUACGGUAGCUUUGAUAUUAUGUACUUUUGUACAUACGCCGGUGUAUUUCGGAAUUCAGGUGACGAGCGCAUAUGAGUACCUUGAAAGACGAUUUGGCCGGAUAACUAGAACUAUUAUAUCUGGAUUGUUUGUCAUUCAAAUGGUUUUAUUUAUGUCAGUGGGUCUGUAUUCGCCAUCUAUCGCUCUAAGUGCUGUAAGUGGUCUCUCUCAUUUAGUUUCCAUUCUCUCUGUAGGGAUAGUGUGUGCUUUUUAUUGUACAUUGGGUGGUAUGAAAGCUGUCCUGUGGACUGACGUGUUUCAGUCUGUUCUUAUGUUCUUUGCUUUAUUAUCUGUAAUCAUCAAGGGAUCGAUCGACGUCGGUGGAUUCCAAGAAAUGAUAAAUAUUGCUGAGAAGGGAGGUCGUCUUAAUUUUUUCAAUUUCAGCUUUGACCCAACUUUGAGGUUUACUGUUUGGAGUGCCUUAAUAGGAGGAUUUAUGUAUGGCAUCACAACUUGUGGAGCCAAUCAAACACAAGUUCAACGACUGCUGACACUUAGCACACUGAAGCGGUCUCAGCUAGCAUUGCUGAUUAGUAUUCCAAUGAAUCUGCUCAUGUACUAUACUAUAUAUACAUGCGGCUUAGUGAUUUAUGCUAAUUUCGCCGGCUGUGAUCCUUUACUGAAAACAGAGACUAGUGGGAUUUCGUCUGCUGAUCAGCUCAUACCGUACUACAUGAUACGAUCCUUCAGCGUGUAUCCGGGUAUGGCAGGUUUUUGCGUUUCUGGAGUUUUUUGUGCGGCGCUCACAUCUAUAUCUUCAGCGGUUAAUUCUCUGGCUGCAGUGACUAUCGAAGACUUCUUGAGACCAUUUUGCAGUUGUAAAUCAUGGGUUACUGAGAAGUCUGCUACACGGAUGUCCAAAUUCUUUGCCUUCUUCUACAGUGCUCUAUGCAUAGCCAUGACUUACCUGGUAGGCAACAUCAAGGCGAUCAUUCCUGCUGCCUUCGUCGUGUUCACAGCCAUCGGCGGCCCUACAUUGUCCAUAAUCACUUUGGGUAUGCUAACUACGACUGCUAAUCAGAAGGGUAUCCUUGUAGGUCUUCUAAGUGGUAUUAUUCUGAACGCAUGGAUUGGAGCUGGUGCCAUUAUAUCCGAUUUUCCCCAAAUCAAAUUACCCCAAAGUGUGGACUCCUGUCCUUCCAAUAUUACCGAUACUUCACUUAUAACAAAUGUGACGUCACUGCAUAGCUUCAAUUUAACUUUAAGCCAGUCGACAACAGUAAUGCCUAUGGAUACUAUAUCUGUUCUUAAAGAAGAAAUUUUCCCGCUCUUCAAAUUAAGUUUCCUUCUUCAUCCUGUGCCUGGUACGAUAUUGACAUUGCUUGUGGGUUAUAUCGUAAGCUUCAUUACAGGAGGCGAUAAAAAUGUAGAUGAAAAUUUACUUUGUCCUUUCAUGAGGAAGUGCUUAAGUGCAAAUACAUUGAAAAUAGACGAAAAACCAAUUCCUACUAUUUCUCUACCUGAUGAAGUUCAACUGACGGAUCAUCGCAACGGUUUUGUGACUGCUUCGGAAUCUUCUUCAAAGAACAAAAUAUCGUCAAGUGAUAAUAUUCUGGAGGAGAGCAAACUUUGAUAAAAAUAGAUCUUAAGUUCCUAUAUUUUUUAACUCGUCAAAAAAUUAUGGCAUUGCAGAAUUUCGUGUUAAUGCAGUGUACUGACAUCUGCAUUUCUCGGGUUAUUCUGGGAAUCUAAGCAUUCUGUUGGCCAUGAAACCUUUUGUGUGUUCCAUUUUAUAUAACUUUCAAGGAUGCUCUUAUCCGUAUAGUAUUUUCAUAUAGAACAGUUCUAAAGCUGUCUGUGAUGAAACAUCUGUGUGUGGUGUCCAAAAAUUAUGCCAUUAGAAGAGUAUUUAGGAUUUUACGGAAGAUGAUGUUCGGAAAUUUUAGGGUAGUAACUUUACCGCAAGGCAAAUCUUCGUGACUACUUUCACGAAUUUUAGGAUAUUUUCUGAUUUUGGGAAUAUCAAAAUUUCCUAUUAUUUUUUAAUUUCCGUUUGAAUGUUAUUUUUCGUAUUUAAUAUAUUUUUUGUAUUGAUAUGUUUUCGCAACUGUAGUACUAACUUCGACUAAAAUUUAUGACAGAAAUAAUCUAUAUUCGAAAUGAUAAACCAUAAUCUUGAAUUUAAAUUGUUAUCCCUCAGUUUUGAUAGACUUCUGGAAUUAAAAAGGCUCAUCGUCCCAUAAAAGCAGACUUCUGUUGCCUUUCAACACUGACAAACGGCUUUAAUUCAGAAUAAUUCUCUAAAUUUCAAAACUUUCCUCUUAGUAAAGUCUGUGUAGCAGUAUAUUCAAAUUUAAUUAAUUAUUUUUAAAAGCAUUAAUUGUAUAUGUAUCUAAUCAUCAUUCACUUUAACUUAAAUCAUGAUCUCAAAUAACCAUGCUGAUUAUGUUAUCAGAAUUUUAUUGGUUAAAAAUGUAUAACUCUACUUAUAUAUUACUUAAGUUUUGUAAUUAUAAUAUUACUUAUGUGCUGUUUCUUUUAUUGCUACGUAGCUAGUCCUGGUGAUUUAACAUACGAUUAAUCCACGAAUUUUGCCAUUUUGUUACGCUGUAAAUUGCUGCCCUAAGAACCGUUUAUAAAAUUAUGUAUUUUUAAUGUAGUAUGCUAUUAUUUUAGACGGUAAUUUUCUAUUCGGAAACAACAUUUUUACUAUACACAUACUGUUUAGUCUUGUUUAUGUUAAAGGGAAAUUAUUAUCCAAGUAUCUUUAAAUAGCAUGAUAUAAUACUAAUUGAUUACUUUUUAUAAUUUUAUUCUUAUUAUUUGGACACAAGUUUUAAAUUACUUUGCAAAAUCGAACUUUUUUUUCAAAUAGCUUGCCAUAGUGAAAAUUACCACAUUGACUUAUCGGGUUCUGUAUCGUAUUGUCUAUUGAAAGUUUUCAUAUUUUCAUCGAUGUGCGUGUAUAUGUAUGCUGAAGUGUAGGUAUUUCAUGUUUUGCUGAAUACUCAUUGCAUAUUUUAUAUUUUGUACAUUUUUGAACAUUUCGUAAUUUUAUAUACCUAUCUAUAUUUUAUGCAUUUUGUAAAUUUAUGUCAUUAAAAAGAUUUUUUAAACCAUCA